ACAAAAUGGCUGCACUUCCCGUAAGUGCGACAUGAAAACAUUCAUGAGAGGAAUGCUAAGAUAUAUUACUUGUUACCUAUUUAUCCACAAAAUAUAUAAUGGAAGAGGAGGAGCUUGUUCCUGGCUCAGAUUUGUUCCAGGAUGAAAUUGCAUUUGAUCAAGAGGAAUUAAUAGACCUUAAUCCUAUGGACAUUUUUGAUGACGAUGGCGAUCUCCAUGAUCUCGUUAUUCACCGAUUUGAAUCCGACCAAGUGGUGUAUCAACCGCAUCGUCACAAAGUUAAACUCAUUGGGAAAUAUUUAAUGGGAGAAAUUUUGGGAGAAGGGUCUUAUGGUAAAGUCAAAGAAGUACUUGAUACUGAAACAUUGUGCAGAAGAGCUGUAAAAAUUCUUAAACGAAGAAAACUAAGAAAAAUACCAAAUGGAGAACAAAACGUUCAAAGAGAAAUACAGUUGUUAAAGCGUUUACAUCAUAGAAAUGUUAUUCAGCUCAAAGAUGUGAUGUACAAUGAAGAAAAGCAAAAAAUGUAUAUCAUAAUGGAAUAUUGUGCAAGUGAAUUGCAAGAAAUGUUAGAAAGUGUUCCCUCAAAAAAAUUUCCUAUCUGGCAAGCACAUGGAUAUUUCUGUCAGCUAAUAGAUGGCUUAGAGUAUCUUCACAGCCAUGGUAUUGUACACAAAGAUAUAAAACCUGGUAAUCUGUUGGUCACUAAUGAUGAAACACUCAAGAUUACAGAUUUGGGAGUAGCUGAGGCCUUAGAUAUUUUUGCUAACAGUGAUGAGUGUCGUACAAGCCAGGGCUCCCCAGCAUUUCAACCGCCUGAAAUAGCUAAUGGUCUAAAUACAUUUUCUGGCUUUAAAGUUGAUGUUUGGUCCAGCGGUGUUACACUCUACAAUAUAACAACUGGUAAAUAUCCAUUUGAAGGAGACAAUAUAUACAAGCUAUUUGAAAAUAUUGGAAAAGGUGUUUACACUAUACCUGAUGAUGUGUCAGAAUUAUUAGCAGACUUACUCAAAGGUAUGCUAGCUUAUGAAUCUGAUGUGAGAUACACUCUUCAGCAAAUCAGGCAGCACCCAUGGUUUAUUAAGCAGCAUCCGAGGGUACUGGAACGAGUGCUGAUUCCUCCCCGACAGGAUGACCCUGAGGAUAUUUUGCGCUCAAUGACUGUGAUUGGUUGCCUUAGUGCUAUGCAUUAUGGAAACGAUGAGGCAGGACAGGAAGAAGAUAUAGCAAUGGUUUCAGAUUAUCAAAAUGCCAUAUCUGGCCAAGAUGCUGUUUGUGCUAAUCAUGAUCAUGAAGAGUUAAAAGGCAAUUCAGGUCAAAAUAUUGUUGUAGACAAUGAGCACUCCCAAGCUUCUGCUACAGCCCCUCAAGCUAAUGGCAAGUCUAAAAGUAAGAAAAAUAGUAAAAGUAAAUUUUCUAGCUGCAAACAGUCAUGACAGAAUAAAAGUAUGAGACAGCCUUGUUUUAAUAAUACCUCACUAUUAACUGUUCUCAACUCUUCACAUGAUAGAAGUUAUCAUUGGAAAAUUUUUUAUUUUUUUUGUAAGCUAUAGAUGUACCUCAUAAUUGAAUGCUUUUAAUUGGGUCAAGUUAUAGUUGAGAUAUGUAUUAAUAAUUUUAAUCACUCUCAUAUUUCUUUUUUUACUGUAACAAACACAUAGAGCCUCCAUUUAAAAAAAUGUUAAUGCUGCAUCUGAAAAUAUGCUUUAACUGAAGUGAAACUGCUUUAGUAUGUUCUUUGAGAAGCUAGAUUGAUAACUGUGAAGACGCGUUGAAUUUGAUUUAAUUUUAAUUUGCCCUGCAUCUGAUGAAAACAGUCAUUUCUAGAUGUAAUGCACCAAACCAUUACUUACCAAGACUUGUAUUGAGUAGCUUAGGUGUUGAAGAAUUGUAGUUACAAAUUGAGUUUCAAUGUGUACCUCAAUAGUCAGAUAGUGCUUGUGAUUAUCUCAUGAAACUUGCUCAUUGAAGUUUCAGUGUCAAGUUUUGAGAUAUUGCUACUAUUGUCUUCCCCGGUUGUCACUCAUUGUUUGGCUGUCCCACACUGCAACCAAAGUUUAUUUUUAGUAUGUCAUGAAGCACUUAAACCAAUUAGAGACUCAAUAUUCCUGCUCACAGUAUAUAUAUGCAUCAGCUUUGUACAAUCAACAAUAUAGAUGCAUAGAUUUUUUUUUGGUCAACUUUAUUCUUUGGAAUAUAACAUUACUACAUAUUAUUGGCAGGCAAUUAGCACAAGGCCUGUGUCAUUUUUUACUACGUGAAAAUAAACACACUUGUAUUGCUCUUUUAAUUUCUAUCCAAGUGUUGAUCUGGUGAUCAUUUCCUAUUUGUAUGCUGACAAUGUCUUCAUCAUUUUUACAAAGCUUAAAGGGUAGAUGCUGUGUUGCUUUUAGAACUUUAGUAAUUUUAAUAAACCAGUUGGUUUUGCUUUUUUUAUUAGGAUUAAGUGAAGAGUAUAUUUUUUUAAAAGAAAUGUACUUUGCAAUGUUUUUAAGUACUGCUAAAAAUAUUUUUGUUUGAUCAAAUGAUGCCAUUGGCAUAAAUGUUUCAAAAUGUUGCAACCUAUAUCUCCUUGGCUUCUGUACCUUUAUUUCACUUCCCUAUGGAAGUAGGAUCUAUCAAUAGUAAUAUUUGUAUUGCUAAAAAAAAAAAAGGUCUUUUCAAAUACUAACUUUCAACAUGUAGACUUGUAUUAAAAGAUCUCAUUUUCAAAUAGCUUAAAAACGUAAUAUACAUAUGUGAUUUUUUUUUCUUUUUAUGAUAUUUAAAAAAAAAUAUUUUUUAAAUGCAGAAGAAAGGCAUAAGUUAAAUACACACAUACAGUUUUUGAAACUAAAAGAUAUUUUGUUUAAAUCCUAAUUUGUUGGACAGAGUUUGAGAAUGAAAUGAUGGAACUAGUAGUCUUUUUGUUGCUGCUAACCUGCACAAUAUCAAACUCAAAAAUUUUUCAAAUUGUGCUUAUUAUAGAAUCUAGAUUGGCAUGUAUUGGUUGUGAAUACUGGAACUUCCUCUUGCAAAUGUUAGGACGGAUACAACUUUACUAGUCUAGACAUGACUACAUGUUCAUUUUAUGUUAGAAAUGAAUCAAACUCCUGAGUAUGAACAUAAAAUUAGUCUGUCCCGCUGAUUUUGUUUGAAUACAAAGAAUGAGCAUCUAAUCAUUUCUUUUAUCUUUGUAGCAUCUUCUCAUUUGUCCCACUCCUCUUCUUAUCAUCCCCCCCCCCCAACUCUUUUUUUUUUCUCUUUGAAGCACUUAUUUAUUCGUGACUAGUGUCAAUCAUCCAAUCGUGUUUUUAGAACCAUUAAUGACUUCAUUCUGCUUAGUUUUGAGUGUACAUAUUGACUGCUGAGCUCAUUCUGCAUAAUACAAAGUGCAUGGUUUGUCCUUCUGACACAGGUACACUGCCAUAGUUUUCUUAAUGUUCUGGUCUAACUUUAUUGCUAGUAUAUUUGUUUAAAGUAGAAAGUACUAUCCAAGUAUUAGGUGUUUCUACAAAGUACAAGAAAGUAUUAGGUGUCAAGUACUUGAUAUGUUUUGUCUGUGAUAUUGUCACUACUGUGUUCAGGCGUAGAACAUUAACUUAGGACACUAUUAUUUAAUUCACUGUUGUUGUUUUCAACCUGUUAUAAUUUGUGUACAUAACUUUUUUUUUUCAUUUGUUCUGUUUUGUUUCUCUAGAUAUAAUUGCCAUUUCAUUGAGAAUUUAGUGCACAACUAUCAUUUGCCAUUCCAUUCUGAUUUUUUUAAAAAAAACAGAUUGCCCAGUCAUUUUGUUAUUCAAAUCAGUCCCAACUUUAUUUGUGUCUUUGAACUAGUUGUGUUGUUGAGCCAUGUUCUGGUAGAACUCAGUAGUUUCAACCAUUUAUCUACUGGGAGGUUCAAGCAGAAAACAACAAUUUACUUGCUUGUAAGCCUUGUAAAAAAAAAUAAUUUUAUGUUGUACAAUUGUAUGAAAUGCAUUUUAUGAUGAUUAUAGCAGUCUAAUUGUAUUUGUUUUAUAAAUAAUAAAUUAUAUAGCACGUGCUGAUAUUUAUAAAUACUUAUAUAUAUAUAUAUAAAUAUAUUAGUUUUUUGUUUGUUUGGUUAUCAUGUAUGUCUACAUUGGACUAUUAAUGAGAGAAUCUGAGAUUGGAUGUGCUGUCUUUUAUUCUCCACCUGGAUACAAAUGUUGCCUAUUUACAAAGAAAACAACAAAAAGUGAAUAAAAAAACAUAAAGAUUGAA